AUGGAGGAAAAUGCAACCCAGCCCUGUAAAGAACCCUUCUUCAUUCCUUCUACUUAUCCUCCUCCUCCCAAGACUCCAGCGUUUGUUUUUAGCUCAAUUACUGAUGAUCCUGGUUACGAAGCUACUCAACCUACCGACGAAGCAAUUCGCCUUGCUAACAGAAAUUCUGGUUUGACCGACGAAGAUGCUUCAGAUAUUGUUUGCAUUCUCCAUCCUGAUUCCGAUCUGGCGCGCGAAGCUUGUGCCGAAAUCAACAAACUACACCCCAAGAAUACAAUCAGCCUUGAAGGUGGUAAUUCUUACUUGACAGCAGAAGGUCAGGUUCCCUGCGACCUGGCACUUCGACUAUCAGCCAAUCUAAAAGACGAAAAUUUGGGCUGGAUUUUUGGUCGAAGUGAGGAACGAUGCGACUUUAUGAUAAGAGAUGGCACGCCUCCUCAGAUAAGCAAUCAACACUUCCGCAUUUAUCUCAAUGAACAUGGCUUCCUCAUGGUAGAAGAUAUGUCUACUAAUGGUAUCUCUGUUGAUGGUACUAUACUCCGACUCAAGAAGAAAAACAAUGGGAAACCUUAUCGACAAACUAUCGAAAACGGGACUAUUAUAUCCCUUGCUUUAAACAAGCCUGUUGCCCUCAGUAUCAAUUUUGUUGUUCGGAUACCCCGACGUAGUGAUGAAGCUCAAGAGGCUUUUGAAACAAACUUCGCCAUUCACGUUCGUCGAAUUCAAGAAAGGCAAAUUCGGCGUCGUGUGGCGAGUGGUGUGGAUAGACAGCCACUCAAUCUCUUCCCUAAUGCUGCCAAUCGAGGUAGUGCGGAGUCUUCAUCAAUCUUUAGAAAGCGAGAAUGGAGAGGUGGUUCGAAGUACAACAAGCUCGAUAUGAUUGGCAAAGGCGCUUUUGCUGUUGUUUAUAGGGUGACUGAUAAACGAACUGGAGUUCCAUUCGCUGCCAAGGAGCUUGACAAGAAAAAGUUCUUGAAGAAUGGAGCUAAAAAUAUUGAUUCGGAGAUCAAGAUCAUGAGCAAGAUUCAUCAUGAUAAUGUGGUUUCGUUUGUCGAAUGUAUCGACUGGGAUGACUAUCUAUACAUUAUCAUGGAGUUUGUUCCCGAAGGGGACCUUACAUCCCUCGUUACAAUGUGCCAUUUCCUUCCGGAACAUGCAGUCAAGGGUAUGACUAUUCAACUACUUAGCGCAUUGAAAUAUCUUCAUUCGAUAAAUGUCACCCAUCGCGAUAUCAAGCCUGACAACAUUCUCUGCCAAAGUCGAAAUCCACUCCAUGUUAAAUUGACCGAUUUCGGUCUGUCAAAGAUGAUUGAUACAGAAGACACAUUUCUGCACACUUUCUGUGGCACAUUGCUAUAUUGUGCGCCAGAAGUUUAUAACGAAUAUCCCCAAUAUGAUCGUACGGGUCGAAGAACCAAUCGACGCAGUGCCGAUUCAACAACACAACAGAGAUAUGAUCACGCUGUCGACGUUUGGUCGCUAGCUGGUGUGCUUUUUUAUUCAUUUUGUGGAACUCCGCCAUUUCCCGUUGGAGCUGCCUCGCAUCAUACGCAAAUACUCCAAAGAAUAAUGACAGUGCCUUUGGAUGUUAGGCCCUUGCAACGUUGUGGAGUAUCACCUAAUGCAAUUAGGUUUGUCAUAAAAAUGCUUCACACCGAUCCAGAGCAUCGUGCUACCAUCGAGGAUCUAGAGCAGAGUCCUUGGUUGACAGGAAACGACCCAGAUCUUGAUGAAACAGAGGAUGAAGACGUUGGACAACUUGAGGUGCCCGCUUCUCAGUUGAGUUUGCUGGAUGAUCUCGAAAAAAAUGGUGAAAAUGACGACUUCGGCGACGAGACGAUUCAAUUCCAACCUCGUGAGAUGCCGGGCAGCUUCAGUACUAACGAGUCGGAUGAUGAGAGAGCUUUGGAGCUCGCAAGCUCAAUUCCGAGUGACUUUGGUACGGGAACAGAAUUCACAACCGCCGAACCAAUCGAAGGAGACGAAAGCUAUGAGUUCAUCCGGAAUCCUGCAAACACCGGUCGCUUGUUUGGCGAAGUUAAUGUAAAUUCUUCUGCCUUGGGAAGUUCUGGGGCUGUUCCAGUGGAUCUCCCAACUCCCAUCCAGCACAUCGGAAAUAAUAAACAUCAGCAGGUUUUGAAACAAGACGACACACUUCCAGUCGCAAAAUUCAGGAGUCGUCUUGAAACUGCGAGCGCCAUGCCAAAGACACCGCUGCCACCUCCACCUCCACCUCCACCUCACCCUCGCUUUGUGACUCCAGCUGCGAACUUUUUUGAAAAUGGACAUGCUCAAAACCACUCGAGCCUUUUGGGUGCUGUAUCUCAACUAGGUCAUCUACAGAUGAAUUCUCCCUUGAUUUCGCCAACCAAAAUUAUAACUCCCCAUUUGUCAACUCUAUCGCAUGCUCAGGCUGCCAAUGUUAGUCUUCGAAGACCUCGAGAGGUUGGUGGCUGGCAACCUGAGGAGCUUCCACCGCAAAAACGCCGAAAGUCUGCGCGAACAAUUGAUGUCAUGGUACCCCCAGAAACAUUUUGGAAUCCUAGAGAUAAGUCAACUCAUCAUGAACAUUAUCCACCGAUGUCAGCAGCGGAUUGGAAUCGAUAUGUUGAGCUUGCCAAAUCCAAAGGAGAGAAAUUUCAGCAUGGCUGUACAAUAUUUGAGAAUGUAAUGGUUAGCUUCAGAAGCAAUAGCAAAACUCCUUCGAUUGGCUCGAAUGUAUCGUUUCGAGCUCAAUCUGAACCUUUAGUUGAAGGAACAAAACGAUAUUUACCAUUGGCGCGCGAUGAACGAAGGCUCAGCGACGACGCUUCUGUUCAACAGAGCAUAGCUUCUAAGGAAAAUUUGUCCGUCACCACCGAUGCCCUUGUGCCUGAAGUAGCUCAGAACUCAGAACCUUCUUCACCAGUCAAGAUAGACGCGACAAAUGAUGAUGAAAUAAUUUCUUCUAUUGAAGCCGCGACGGAAGGUACAUCAGCUACAAUCCCAAAAAUCGAUGCAUCUGCAGCAGAUGAUUUUCAGGUCCCUAAGCGCGUGCUUGCAAAGUUUUCUGCAACUCCAGAUUCUUGUUUACCAACCAUUGCUUUCAAUAUUACGGAAGCAUUCACAUCUUGGGGCCGCGGCUUCUCCAACACUAUCCGUUAUGCAACUCGUGAAGAUGUCCGAAUAGGUGUUCCUAGAUACGCAUUCAAGCUGAUACUAUUCAAAAAUGACUUCUAUCACUCCGGUGAAAAGUAUACGGAAGUAUGGAAUAAGAGCCAUAGUGAAGAAGAAGAGCAAGGCUUCAGGUUCUUGAUCUCUACCAAGUCCUCGGCGGGUCUCAAGAUCAAUGGCCAUAAACUUCCAAGUCAUAAUAUCAGUGAGACAUUGGCUGAAUCGAAGUUCUGGGGGGAAAUUCGUAAUGGCGACAUUAUCACGAUUAGUACGACAAAGAACAUGUUCUUGAAACUCAAAUUCGACUGUUUCUGGGGUAUGGGUAAAUAUAAUCGCCACGAGUCGAAAUUCUUCCUGUACAAAGAAGAAGAUCAUAUUGCAAAGGUUGACAGAGUAUGUACCAUGCUCGAAACUGCCUUUAUUGAGGAGCGCACCAAAAAGAUGAUUGAGGAGCAAAAAUUAGCCAAGGAGUUGAAACGUCAAAGGACACAAUCUGUAGACAUCUGA